AUGAUGCUGAGUGGAAGAAAAAACAAGAGUGCUGAAGCCACUUUCAUUCUCUUGGGCUUCUCAGAAUACCCGGAACUCCAGAUGCCACUUUUCCUGAUAUUCCUGACAAUCUAUACAGUCACUGUGCUGGGAAAUCUGGGCAUGAUCAUGAUUAUCCAGAUCAAUCCCAAACUUCACACCCCCAUGUACUACUUCCUCAGCCAUCUGUCCUUUGUUGAUUUCUGUUACUCUACAGUAGUUACACCCAAACUAUUAGAAAACUUGGUUGUGGAAGACAGAACCAUCUCUUUCAUAGGAUGCAUCAUGCAAUUCUUCUUUGCAUGCGUAUUUGUGGUGACAGAAACAUUCAUGUUGGCUGUGAUGGCCUAUGACCGAUUUGUGGCCAUUUGUAAACCUCUUCUCUACAUGAUUGUCAUGUCUCAGAAGCUUUGUUCCCUGUUGGUGGGUACCUCAUACUUCUGGGGUAUUGCCUGCUCCUUAACAUACACAUAUUUUUUGAUGACCUUAUCUUUUUGUGGGACUAACUUCAUAAAUAACUUUGUCUGUGAGCAUGCUGCGAUCGUCUCUGUGUCCUGCUCUGACCCCUACAUGAGCCAGAAGAUAAUUUUAGUCUCUGCCACGUUUAAUGAAAUAAGCAGCUUGAUGAUCAUUCUUACUUCCUAUGUCUUCAUUUUUGUCACUGUCAUGAGGAUGACUUCAACAGGGGGACGCCACAAAGCCUUCUCCACGUGUGCCUCCCACCUGGCUGCUAUUACAAUCUUCCAUGGGACCAUCCUCUUCCUCUAUUGUGUUCCUGAUUCCAAAAGUUCAUGGCUCAUGGUCAAGGUGGCUUCUGUGUUUUACACUGUGGUCAUCCCCAUGCUGAACCCACUGAUAUACAGCCUCAGGAACAAAGAUGUGAAGGAGACAGUCAAGAAGUUAAUCAAUGUUAAAUUGUUCUGGGAUACAAUGUAA